CAGGCGCCGCGAGGUCUGGCGCCUGUUGCUCUCGGGCCAGCCGCGCGCCUCUCGCAGCGCCUCCUUCCUCUCCUCCACUCCCUCGCAGCACCGCAUCCGCCGCUGCACCGUCCUCGCACGCCUUCUCCGCCGCACCUCUCUGCUUCCUCUCGCUGCGCCCGCUGCCGCUGCUGCUGCUGCUGCCGCCGCCGCCGCCCUCGUCGCCGCGCUCCCUCCACCUCGCCUGUGCCCUGCCGACCGGCCGCUGCCCGCCAUGGAUCAGUCGCUGAUCAAGCUGGUGAACAAGCUGCAGGAUGCCUUCAACAAUGUCGGCAUCCAGAACCCCGUCGACCUGCCGCAGAUCACCGUGCUCGGCUCGCAGUCCUCGGGCAAGUCGUCGGUGCUCGAGAACAUCGUCGGGCGUGACUUUCUGCCGCGCGGCACGGGCAUCGUGACGCGGCGGCCGCUCGUGCUGCAGCUCAUCAACCGGGCAAGCGCAUCGGGCGCCGUGGGCGGCGUGGCGGCGGGCGCGAACGGCUCGGAGAUCAAGGCCACGGCCGCCGGCACGAACCCCGACGAGUGGGGCGAGUUCCUGCACCUGCCCGGCGAGAAGUUCCACGACUUCAACAAGAUCCGCGAGGAGAUUGUGCGCGACACGGAGCUCAAGACGGGCAAGAACGCCGGCAUAUCGCCGCAGCCGAUCAACCUGCGCAUCUACAGCCCCAACGUGCUCACCCUCACGCUCGUCGACCUGCCCGGCCUGACCAAGGUGCCCGUCGGCGACCAGCCGCGCGACAUUGAGCGCCAGAUCCGCGAGAUGGUGCUCAAGUUCAUCAUGAAGCCCAACGCCGUCAUCCUCGCCGUCACGGCGGCCAACACGGAUCUGGCAAACUCGGACGGCCUCAAGAUGGCGCGCGAGGUGGACCCGGAGGGCACGCGGACGGUCGGCGUGCUGACAAAGGUGGACCUCAUGGACGCGGGCACCGACGUCGUCGACAUUCUCGCCGGCCGCGUGAUCCCGCUGCGGCUGGGCUACGUGCCGGUGGUGAACCGCGGCCAGCGCGACAUCGACCAGAAGAAGCUCGUCUCGGCCGCACUCGCCGCCGAGGCCGACUUCUUCCAGAACCACAGCAGCUACCGCUCCAAGGCGCAGUACUGCGGCACGCCGUAUCUCGCGCGCAAGCUCAACACGAUCCUCAUGCACCACAUCCGCAACACGCUGCCCGACAUCAAGGCCAAGAUCCAGACGCAGCUGACCAAGUACCAGGCCGAGCUGACCUCGCUCGGCGGCGCGCUGGGCGAUGCCAACUCGGGCAACAUCGUGCUCACGAUCAUCACCGAGUUCUGCAACGAGUUCCGCACCGUCAUCGACGGCAACUCGAACGACCUCAGCGUCAACGAGCUGGCGGGCGGCGCGCGCAUCAGCUUCGUCUUCCACGAGCUGUUCAGCAACGGCGUCAAGGCCAUCGACCCGUUCGACACGGUCAAGGACUCGGACAUCCGCACGAUUCUCUACAACUCGAGCGGCUCCUCGCCGGCGCUUUUCGUCGGCACGACGGCGUUUGAGGUCAUCGUCAAGCAGCAGAUCAAGCGUCUCGAGGACCCGAGCUUGAAGUGUGUCAGCCUCGUGUACGACGAGCUCGUGCGCAUCCUCUCGCAGCUCCUCAUGAAGAACCAAUCGUUCCGGCGCUUCCCGGCGUUGCGCGAGCGCUUCAACCAGGUGGUGAUCUCGUUCUUCAAGCGCUGCCUGCAGCCGACGACGAAGCUCGUCACGGACAUUGUGGCGUCGGAGGCGUGCUACUUGAACACUGGCCACCCCGACUUCAUCUCGGGCCACCGCGCCAUGGCCAUCGUGACGGAGCGCCACACGCAGGCACAGGCGCCGCCGGACCCGAAGAAGCCCAGCCCGCACCAGGUCAACAACGACCGUGACCUCGACGUCAAUAUCAAGGAUCAGGGCUUCUUCGGCUCCUUCUUCGCGGGUGGCAAGGCGAGCGCCAAGGAGCGGGCAAAGCACGCCACGAUGGAGUCGCCGCCGCCGUCGCUCAAGGCCAGCGGGCAGCUGACGGACCGCGAGGCGAUGGAGGUCGAGGUGAUCCGCAUGCUCAUCAUGUCCUACUUCAACAUCGUGAAGCGCACCAUCAUCGACAUGAUCCCAAAGGCGACGAUGCUGCACCUUGUUACGUUCGCCAAGGACUCGCUGCAGCGCGAGCUGCUCAAGGAGCUCUACCAGGCCGAGGUGAUGAACGAGCUGAUGCGCGAGAGCGACCAUGUCGUGACGCGCCGCAAGGAAUGCGUCAAGAUGAUCGCUGCGCUCGAGACGGCCUCGGAGCUUGUGGCGACCGUGUAAGGGGCGUAGAGACGAC